CUCCUGCCUGCCAUAAAGGAAGCAGAAAGGGAGUGCCAGAAGGAAGGGAAAACAAAUGCUACCAGCGCCGAACUGGAGGGAAUCAAGACCAGUUGGAAAGCUGAUUAGAUCGCCCUGCCCGUCUCCGGGCUGGGGCUGGCUUGUCCCUCCGGGAUGCAUUGCCCGGUGCUGUAGAAGACCCCGCUGGAAUUGCAGGAAGACUUACCUCUCUCCCAGCUCUCCUGGAGGGAUGGUUGCAGCUGGGGCUCACAGCUGAGCUCGGGAAGGGACCCAUCACGAUGCUCAAGUUCCGGGCAGACCGUCGGGUCAGCCAUAAUGAAAGACGGACCACGUUUCUGCAUCCAGUGACCACACAGAUUCCAGAAGAAAACGCACGAUUUGACUUGCAAAAAUCGAACUUGGACAUGUCAAGCAAAGCAGGCGGGAAGCGACCGGCGGCCAUUAACAGCGAAACGACCAACCACGCCAUGGUGUCCGAGGUGCCUCAGGAACGGCCAAAUGGAAGGGCCUCGCGCUCCUCCAGGAAGGGGAUUGCCUUUGGGAAACGCUCCAACUCCAUGAAGAGGAAUCCCAAUGCCGCGGUGACCAGGAGCGGCUGGCUCUACAAGCAGGCCAGCUCUGGGGUCAAGCAGUGGAACAAACGCUGGUUUGUGCUGGUGGAUCGCUGCCUUUUCUACUACAAAGACGAGAAGGAGGAGAACAUCCUCGGCAGCAUCCCGCUCCUCAGCUUCCGGGUGGCGGCCGUCCAGCCGUCAGACAACAUCAGCCGGAAGCACACCUUUAAGGUGACCGUGUGCUGGGUAGAGGAAGUGCCAGGGGGUAACCAGCAGUGCCUCUCUUCCCAGGCUGAGCACGCAGGCAUCAGGACCUACUUCUUCAGCGCUGAGAACAACGAGGAGCAGGAGGCCUGGAUCCAAGCCAUGGGCGAAGCUGCCCGCGUGCAGAUCCCACCCGCCCAGAGGCAUGAGAAGACGGACUCUGAGAACAUCCCCCCGGCCAAACACCACCACCACCACCGGCCAGCUGCCCACAGGGAGCACCCCAAAGUGGACCCGGAGGUCAAGACCCGAGGGGAGGGCGAUGGGCGUGGCUCGGAGAAGGUUGAGAGGAAACCAGAGAAGGUGGAGAGCAAGAAGGAGCCAUUGGCCAAAACCAACGGCGUUGCUGGGCAGGAGAUGCCUUCCGAGCCUGGCAGCCCAUAUCCCGAGGGUCCCCGGGCAUCUGCAGGGGUGGAGAGGCCGUCCCAGCCCAAUGGCUGGCAGUACUCAUCCCCCAGCCGCCCCGGCAGCACCGCCUACCCACAGCAGGACGGGGAGAGCGCAGUGCACCGGCGGGGCUUCGUGCCACGCACCAACCCUGAGAAGAUCGCCCAAAGGAAGAGCUCCAUGACACAGCUGCAGCAGUGGGUGAACCUGCGCAGGGGGACAGUCCCACCGGAAGAGCUGAGGAGCCCCACCAGGUUCUACCCGGUGUCUCGGAGGGUGCCCGACUACUACACCCCUUACUCGCCUCAGUACCCUGAGGAUUACCAGUACUACCCGCCGGGCGUGCGCCCCGACAGCAUCUGCUCCAUGCCGGCGUACGAGCGCGUGAGCCCACAGUGGGCACUGGAGGACAAGCGCCACUCCUUCCGCAACGGGGGCACCUACCAGCUGCGGGAGUGGAAGGACCGCCCAGGCUGCGGCCGGCAGGACGUCCCUGUCUGGCUCCCUGGCCCAGUGCGGCAGCCUGUGUACUACGACGAGGUGGAUGCAGCCUCAGGCUCCCUGCGAAGGAUGUCCCUGCAGCCCCGCUCCAGGUCUGUGCCCCGUUCACCCAGCCAGGGCUCCUACAACCGGCCUAGGAUGUACUCUCCAGUCAGGUCACCAAGUGCCCGCUUUGAGAGGAUGCCAUCAAGGAGUGAGGAGAUCUAUGCUGACCCCGCAGCCUACAUGAUGAGGCGAUCAGUCAGUUCCCCCAAGUACGAUUAUCUGGGUGACAGGAGGCCUGUCCCUGCAGGAAUGUAUCCCUACAACUACCCAGGUUCUCCUACCGUCCACGAUAAAAUGGAUGAACUGUUAGACCUUCAGUUGCAAAGAAACCUAGACUAUUUGGACCAGCAGAUGAGUGAGAGCGAGACUCUGAUCAGUAUGGUGAACAGAAUGGUGGAGAACUCCUCCCCUAGGGCCCAGCUCUACAUGCAAGUAUCUCCCUUCCCGGAUGCUUACAGAGAGACACUGCACGCCUACAAGAUAAGCGAGCAAGACACGGAUAAACUCCUGGGGAAACUGUGUGAGCAGAACAAGGUGGUGAGGGAGCAGGAAAGGCUGGUGCAGCAGCUCCGGGCAGAGAAGGAGAGCCUCGAGAGCGCCCUGAUGGGGACUCACCAGGAGCUGGAGAUGUUUGGGAGCCAGCCCGCCUACCCAGAGAAGCUGCUGCACAAGAAGGAAUCCCUCCAGAACCAACUCAUCAACAUCCGGGUGGAGCUGUCCCAGGCCAGCACGGCCUUGGCCAACAGCACCCUAGAGUACGAGAACCUGGAGAGCGAGGUGUCCGCCCUGCAUGACGACCUCUGGGAGCAGCUGAACUUGGACAUCCAGAAUGAAAUGCUCAACCGGCAGAUCCAGAAGGAGAUCUGGCGGAUCCAGGACGUGAUGGAGGGGCUAAGGAAGAACAACCCAUCCCGUGGCACAGACACCGCCAAGCACAGAGUGGCCAUGGGUCCGCCGGGAACAUACAGCUCCAACAGCCCUGCCAGCCCUCUGAGCUCCGCCAGCCUCACCAGCCCCCUGAGCCCUUUCUCCCUGGUGUCGGGCUCACAGGGGUCACCCACCAAGCAAGGUGCCGGCGAGGAACCAGGCCCGCCUCGACCUCCCCUUCCUAAGUCGUAUGUACCCCUGGAGUCUCCUCCGACCGUCCCUCCGCUCCCUAGCGAGAGCCGCCUCUGGCCGUACCCUAGCUCCCCUUCCUGGCAGCACAGCAGCGAGGCCAAGCGGGGACAGCCCAAGUUGAGCUAUGAGCAGAGCAAGAAGGACGCUCACCGGACGGCCGUCUCCAGCGCACCCGUGGAGGGCCUGCUCCUGCAGACGAGGCAAGAGCAGGAGGCCGAGAAGCAAGCAGCUCUCAACAAAGUUGGCAUCGUUCCCCCGCGGACCAAAUCCCCCACAGAUGAGGACUCAGCACCCACGCUGGGUGUGGUGAGGAGGAGCAGCAGCAGCACGUCCAACGGGCUGAACUCCCGGGAAAGGCCAAAGAGCGCCGUGUUCGCCAAUGAGACCAAGACGAAGAUGAGCGUGGAGGAGCAGAUUGACCGCAUGAAGCGCCACCAAAGCGGCUCCAUGAAGGAGAAGCGUCGCAGCCUGCAGCUCCCGGCCAGCCAGACACCAGAUGCCCCCAGCACGAAGGCUCCUGCCUCCUACAAAGUGGUGCGCCGACACCGCAGCAUCCACGAGGUAGACAUCUCUGACCUGGAGGCAGCGUUGCGCUCCGAGGACUCGGGCAGGGUCUACGAGACACCGAGGGAGGAGAUCGCCCGGCUGCGCAAGAUGGAGCUGGAGCCGCAGCACUACGACGUGGACAUAAACAAGGAGGACUCAGCACCUGCCUUUGCCUCGACCCAGCUUUCCACCCCGGACAAGGUGCUCAUCCCAGAACGGUACAUCGAACUGGAACCCGAUGCUCCCCUGAGCCCUGAAGAGAUGAAGGAGAAGCAGAAGAAAGUGGAACGGAUAAAGACGCUCAUUGCCAAAUCCAGCAUGCAGAAUGUGAUUCCUCUGAGUGAGGGAGAGGUGGAUGCACCCCAGGACACAGAGACUCAGCUCCAGGAGCAGGAGAAGAGGAUAGAGAUCUCCUGUGCCCUGGCUGCAGAGGCCUCCCGGCGGGGCCGCAUGCUCUCUGCUCAGUGUGCCACCCCGAGCCCUCCCACCUCCCCAGCUUCCCCGACACCACCGACCAACCCCCUCUCGUCUGAAUCAUCCCGGGUCGCCGACAGCAGCCAUUUUAUGCGUGUCUGAGCCAUGAACACAAGCCCUGGCUGCUGUGAGCGCUGUGAAGUUCCACGGUGCCACGUUUUAAUGCGUAAACACGUGCACCCCACCUCGACCACCAAACCUUUCCUCCGGCCAUUGUACUGGUUCUCCCUGAGCCCCUUCCUCUACCGAAUGCUGAUGUCCGGACUGAGAAGCUGUGAGCUGGCACCUGCUGCCAAGGAGAGCAUGGAGGAGGGGGCCUUACCUCAGGUCCAGUUCUCCCUGAACACUGGGCCUGUUGCACUGCAGGAAGAAGCACCAUGGGCGGGCGGCCUGCCUGCUGGAGCUGGGUACCAAAGGGCACUGUGUAAAUGGCUGCAGCUGCUGCCAGCCAUUGGAGGGACAGACGUUGCAAGUGGAGCCAGUUGUGUUCUGGGAGAUGCGCCUUCUUUACAGCAGGCGUGGGCUUUGCGUGUGCAGCUGCGUGACCGGGCUGUCAUGCUGAGGAGGUGACACUAACCUGGAGGGCAUGGGGUGCCCCUUCACUUUCCACUCUGAAACCCUCGUCUCCCAAAUUUCCUCCCUGUGAGAAGCUUUGGUGUGGAGACCGAGCCAUCGCUGCAGGUGGAUAGCAUUCCAGUGCUUUGCGGACCUCGGUGCCCCAUCAUUGCUCCAUGUGCUCCCUUCCUGCCCUGCUGCCCUCUCCUGGCAUGGCUUUCACCAUCGCUAGUAGCCACCUUUCUCUGCACUCACGCUCACAAGCAUCCAUGGGAAGGAAGGGAACAGCAGGCAUUCAGGAUGGACAGAUGGAAAUGGCAGCAAAGGAAAUAAAAAGCUCCCAGGCAGAAAACGGGAGUGGUGAUGGGGACUACGAGGUGAUGGGGAUAGAGCUGUGUCUGUGAAACGCCAGUACGUCUCUUUCCAGGGUGAAGGGUGGCUCGGAACGGCAAGUCUGUGCAAUGUAUGUGGACAUGUAGCAAGGGAAUAGCGGAAAGAUUGAAGGGAUUGAUUGAAGGGGCUAGAGCAGCCCGCGUGGCCUUGCUUAGUAGCCAGGCAAAGCCUUGAUGUUGUCUGGGGCCAGCAGAGAUCCUUUUGCAAGUAGAGAUGAGGAGAAAGGGGAGAUGGGCUUCAGGAUUAUUUCCUCCCUGAGCAGGCUCUGGCUCAUACCAGCAGGUGCCUCUCACGGAGUUUGUGUUACUGCCGGCAAGGCUCAUUUCUUGCACUUCUUUGGGGAUGGGAGUGGGUGAGGGAGGAACUGGUACCAACACAUACAUGUGUACCCGCCCACACACACAUGCACAUGCACACCACGUAGUAACCUUGGCCUGCUGCAAGAGGCACGUAGCACUAGACUGGGCACACUUUGCUGUAAUGUUGCCACGGCACCUGUCACAUCGGUAUCUGAGUGUCCCAUUUCGUUCCGGAUGGAACCGCUGGGGCAUUUCCUUCUCUGACACCCACGCAUCUCCUGCCCCAGGUUAAAAGAUGUCCUUACUUAGCUGCUGACUUGGCAGGUGGUACGUCAGUGCUGUAGCUGUCUCUUCCCCUCAUUCAGAUAGCAGUACCUUGCUCCCAAAUGGAGCAGAACCUGAGCUGUGAGGCCUGGAGGGAGCAAACCCUUUAACUUUGAGGUUGCAAGCCAGCAUGAGAUGGAUGGGACUGGGAAGGUGAUUCCUCCUGGAGUCAACUCAUCUCUUCCUAGCCCAUGGCUGAGAUGCUUGCAUCCCUCUGGGAGGCUCUGCUUUUGCAGCUGGGUGGCCCCUGGGGGCAAUCCGGCGUGACCAUCCUUACCUGGAGAGCAAUCCUGCACUGGGGAUGGCCUUGGAGGGACUCGAUGGGUCUUUUUUGCCUGUGGCUCCCUGCUGUGUCACGUGUGAAGCAGUACAUGGACACUGCCACCCCUAGCUCCCUGCACUAAGGUGGAUAGACCCCUCACACCUACAGUUAUAGGAGCUCCUCUGCCCUUUUGGAGUGACAGCUCAUGGUGCUGACUCCCUGCUGCGCCUUCCCUGCUCCUAUCAGAACCGAUGGCAUGAGCUCACUCCUCCAGAUGUGACUUCAUUAUUCUCCUAAUAAGUUGAGGAUUAAUCAUUGAUCUGGAGGCAGGGGCCAGGUCAUAGCAGAGACUUACUCAGAGGCUCAUUUCAGUUCAGAUAAAGCAUCUAGGAGGUGGUUGAAGCUCAUCUGUGCUACCAAACCAUCGGUGCCCAUAGAACCAGACCUAGCGUCUCAUGAGGACACGUGGUCUGAUGCUCGAGCAGCAUUCCCACUGCCAGCGGAAAUCACUUGAAAAGGUCUCUCUAAACGUCCGCUCAGCUUACGCAGUGUUUGGGAGGAUGACAGCUCUUUUUAUGUUUCCAAGCAGACUUUCUUGCCCUUCUCAAACUUAGGGCUGCAUGAACAGAGCAACUCUAUCUGCUGCUUGGAGCGGGCUUUGCAAGGAUUAUGAUCCCCACCAUGACAUGGAUAGAUGGAUUUUCCGAGGCCUCUGACAGCCUGGCUGUUUCCUUCCAGCCAUCAAAGGGAGCUGGGCUCUUUUGCAAAAUCCAGCCCUAUGUUACACCACGAGAUAGGUCUAGUUUUAUCCCAGCAGCAUUCUUGCUCUCAAAAUCUGGGUAGAAAAGGCAGGUUUUGCCUCGGAGCGUAGAUUUCUAUUCCAGUGAUUUGACAGACGAUGUUUUAAAAAAUACCCACAUCGGAAAUUGAGGCCUCUGCUUCAACACUGAGAGUAAUCUGGGCUGGAGAUGAUUUGGUUUUCCUGCUUCAGAAUCUCAUUUGUCACGAGAGAAACCGCAACAUAUGGCUGGGGUUGCAUGCGAAAUGGGCCAGUUUCAGGAUACUCAUCUGAACUGGAAAAGGCCAACGUCAAGGCUGCUUUGGUAACAUAUGUCGAGCCUUUCUCUCAAGAGCUCUGAUUCCUCUCCUCUCAUACACUUUCCAGGGUACUUUAAGUCAAAAGAGCCCUAAACUUAUGAACUGUUGAGUCCUUGAGACUGGAGCUCUGUGUAGAAACCUUCUCUGUUGACCUGAUCGCAGCUGGCCACCCGCAACUGAAGUGGAGUCCGUAGGAGACACGGGUGCCAACGCUCAGCGCUGAUUGAGAUGGCGUUUUCUUCCCUCCUACCCCAGCUGUGGAGGGAAAGCGGGCUGGCUGCUCACCAUUCAAGCAGACGCUCCUUCCUGUCUGAGGAGCAGUUGUUCUAGCUUGGCAAGAGGCAGACCUUAAAUGGAGCCUCCUGCCUGGGAGGGACCUCUCUGGCGUCUUCCUGGGGAGAGUUGCUUGUCUCUGUGUCAUCUCCCCAGAUAGUCUAGUCUCUGUUGGUCUUCUAUAAUUUUGGCAAUACGCAUAGCACCCCAGGAAAGAGGAUCCCCCCCACUGCCCUGUUGAAUCAGACCUAGGAAUUUCUUUCCCUCUUCAUUUUAGCAAUACACAGAAACAUCCCAGGGGAAAAAAUAGUUCCGCUCCCCUCCUGGAGUCCCAUACAGCCCCUGUUAGCUCAUAAAGCUGGCCCUUUAUUUUGCUAUACAUGCCUUAAUAUAUGUUUUAUGGAAAUUAUACAUUUAUAUAUAAUAUAUAUAUUUGGUUUGUUUUUUUCUCUUCUUUUUUGGGCGGUACUGUUUUGUGCUAAUUUUCUUUCUCUUUCAGCAGGGCUGUUCGAGUCGGCCCCGCCACUGAGUUACAAAAAGCAGAUUCUUUUCCAGUUUAUUAGAAAAAAUAUCCUAUUUAAAAAAAUAUAUAUUUUCUGCUUUUAUUAAAAGCAAAUUUAUUUAAAAUAAAGUAUAAAAACUGUAAGUUUGAAGAAACAAUGCAUUUAUUUCCCUGUUGCUAUGACAGUGCUCUGUGCAGGGCCAGAUUCUCAGCAGACGUAAAUCGGUGUAGGGGAUGUUGCAAUCUGAUUGACGAGGGCUGGAAGUCUGGCCACUAGGCGCAGGUUAUGAAGACGUGUAGGAUUGUACCAUAUCGGGCACCACCCAAGGGACCUCGCUGGUACGUGGUAUCAGGAGGAGAUCCUUGCUAUGUAUGUGGGUUUUUUUAAUCUUUAAUUUAAAUGCUCCAUUUGCCCCUCACGUGUAUUCUUGUGAAUGGGUUUUCUGUCAUGAUGUGAAUAGAGCAGCAGCUCUACAGGCUCCUGGACUGCAGUCCCUGGGAUACCACUAGCCCAGCUGCCCCCCUCACCCCCACACUCCCCAAGCAUGUACGCAAGGGUGCGUGCACCUUUUCUUGCUGCAAGCGUAUUCCCAGAGAUGAAAGGUGGUGGCUGAACUGAGAGAUGCUGCCAAGCCUGGGAGCUCAGCUGAAGCAGGAGAGCUCCACUGGGGCUGUGUCCAGAGCUGGAUCCAGGACCCCUGAAGUCAAUGGAAAGGCUUCCACUGUCAUGGUUGGUGCCUGAGAUCAUGUUGGCAUUGCCAGGCCAGUGCCAGCCCCACAGUGAGCUUCUCCUUGGCUCUUGGCUCAGUCCCAUCUCCCAUCCUUGAGGGCUUGCUAACUCUAGCAUCAUCCCAGCACAGUGCCUGGGGGAAGGGGUCUUGUGCAUUCAGAGGAAGGGGUGGGGGAUGAAGACAAUCCCACUCUUCAGCACCCUUAAAAGGGUUUCCCAUGAAGAGCUCCAAGGUCACGGGGACAGCACGGGCACCUCCCACUCAAUGAAUGACCAUGUUGAGUCUGUGACCAAUCACUACUAUUGUCACUUUAAGAGUUUCCAAGGUUACAAGCUGGGAGCUUGCAAUAAAGUGGGUUCCAAUCACCAUAUUGCAGUAUUGUGGAACUGGGGGGGGUGUUAUUAUUAUUAUUAUUAUUAUUAUUGUUAUUAUUUUAAUGUUUAAUUUUAUUUCGUUUUGGUUUGGUUUUUUUUUCAUAACACCAUCAUAUACCAGCAACUCUUGUAAUCGAGAAAAACUAUUUGCAUUGAAAAAAGAAAUCUAUUUAUGCACAUUAAUAUUGGGGGGGAGGGAGGGGAAGUGGGCAAAAACUUGAUUUUUGCUAGUGUUAGACAAAUAAAACUCUCCAAGAAACCAUGCAGUGUCAGUGUCUUUCUUUUUGUAUGAAAGCGACCUUAGAUGACAAUGAUUUGAAUGGUAAAUCAAAAAGACUGUGAUCAGACAGCUGUAGCUUUUCAGCGGCUUUAAAUCUUCCAAUCAGAAAAAGGGGAUAUAAUCUUAACCCAUAAUGAAACCUGUGGUAGUUCGCUUAAUUUUCUUUUUAAUUUUCCCGGUGGCAUUUGUUUUAGAUGUAGCUACUAAAUGGUUGAAUCUCACACCAGGGAAAAAAAAUGCAUUUGUACCUUGCAAGUUUGUAUAAAACGAAUAAAUAAAAAUCAAUGGUUUGUUAACA